CAUCUGUUCCCAUAGUGGCAAAUGAAGAGAGAGCGGGAAGAGGUGGAAUGUAAAGGAGGAGGAGGAAGAUGUGACAGGGAGAAGUGCAGGAUGGAGGAUACAUCCUCAGUGGAUCUGUUACACCGAUAUGCAAAUUGCAGAGUGUCUAGAGAGGAGGGGAGCCAAGAUGAAGCUGUGGAUUAUUUCCCUCUACUUGAGCUGUGGAUGGACGCAAACAGCUUGUACUGCUGCUGUGACUCUGUCGCCCUCCUCUGCACCAGUGACACCCACUGAAGAUGAGAGCUCCAAACUGGUGGAUUGGUUGAUGAAGUAUGGUUACCUCCCACCCUCGGACCCUUCCACUGGACAGCUGCAAGCCUGGACAGGUGUCACCAACGCUGUGAGGGCCAUGCAAAGGUUUGCAGGCCUCAAAGACACCGGAGUUGUAGACAAGGAGACAAUGGCGCUGAUGAACAGUCCACGCUGUUCACUACCAGACCAGGAGGAAUCAUCCAUGCUACCGGCCGACCAAGAGAGGAGAAAGAUGAGGAGACGGAGGAGAUGGGCUGUCUCCAUGUGGACACGCAGGAACAUCAACUGGAGGCUGCAGUCAUAUCCCUUCUCUUCUCAUCUGUCUCGGGAGACAAUUCGCUCUCUGAUCUUCUACGCUCUAAGAGUGUGGGCAGAUCCAACGCCGCUGGAGUUCCAUGAGGUGGGAAAUCCAGAUGCAGCGGACCUGCAGGUAGACUUCCUCCGUGGUUACCAUGGUGAUGGCUAUCCCUUUGAUGGGGCAGGUGGAGCAGUCGGCCAUGCUUUCUUCCCCUCAGACCCAGCUCGGGCAGGGGGAGUUCAUUUGGAUGCAGAGGAAGAGUGGGCUUUCAGACAGCCAGUCUCUGAGGGAACUGACCUGUUCACAGUGCUAGUCCAUGAGUUUGGCCAUGCACUGGGCCUUGCUCAUUCCUCGUCCCGUCACUCAGUCAUGAGGCCAUACUACCAGGGUCCUGUUGGAGACCCCCUCCACUACCGCCUGGGACCCCAAGACCUGGAGCACAUCACCCAGCUCUAUGGUAAAAGGAACCAGCUGCUGCCUACGGAUGCUCCUCGCCUCACCACAGAAUCUUGGUUACUCCACAGAGGCCACCACCACCACCAUCAUCAUCAUCAUCAUCGUCAUAGGCAUAGCCCUCCCAUAGAUCGCUGCAACACCAGUUUUGAUGCUGUGGCAAAGAUCCGAGGAGAGACUUUCUUCUUCAAAGGGCUGACGAUGUGGAGGGUCAAUGGUGGGGGUUUGGUGUCGGGGCGUGGGUCUUCAGUGAGGAGGCUGUGGAGGGGUCUGCCCCCUGAGCUGCCUCGUCUGCAUGCUGUGCUGGAGAGGCGGUCGGAUCAUGCCAUCAUCUUUAUCAGUGGUUACCAGUUCUGGCUGUUCAGGGGCCUGUCCCUGCAGGAAGGCUACCCUCUGCCCCUGUCUGCACUCAGGAUGGACCUCAGUAUGAAUACUGUUCAUGAUGACGGCGAUGAUGACGACGAUGAAGAACAGGCAGCAGGAGAAUUGGAGAGAUGGGGGCUGGUCUGGGACCCAGAGGAGGGGGCUGUGUGGGGAAAAAUUGGAGAUGCCAAAGAAGAGAAUCAAGGAGACACCUGGACACAACUGCUGAAAGAGGGUGUGGAUGGAAUUACUACAGACAGCAAUGGCUCCGUCUAUCUCUUCAAAGGAGAGUCCUACUGGAAGUUCAUGUUUCCAGGUUCUUCACUGCAUGAUGGAUACCCACGAUCCUCUGCUGCAGACUGGCUGGGCUGCACUGACUCUUCCUCACCUGGUGUGAAGGACCUCUCCUUUUCUCUGUCUUCACCAGGAGGAAGAGAGGAGCUCAGGGAGAGUUGGAAAUAUGGAGGAGAAGAGGAGGAAGCGGGGAAAAGGAAGUGGGACAGACACAGAACCAAACACAAAGAGUGGCAGGACAGAGGUUCACACAUCUGGACAAAAUGCACAUGCCAAAACGGAGCCCUGGGUGGCAGGACGACAUUUUUAUUAGCUGCCUUGCUGCUAGUUACAUGGAUGCUUUUGGCUGUUUAAAGCUGUGCAAUUAAAUGAAAGACAGAGGUUUCAUUAGGCUCAAUAAGGAAGCUGUAAAAGCUUCCACAUGCAUCACAUAUUUGCCCUUUACUCUUGUUCUGAGUGUGAGACUAAAAGUGUGCCACAGGAGUCAGGAAUUACCCAUGCUCAUUUUAUUAGGCGGCAUAUUGAUCCACCAGUGUUGGAUAUGAUCAGUGAUGAUGGGGUGCAACUGUUAGGUACUGCCAGAUGAAGAAAAAAAAUUACUCAACACAGACAUUAACUGUCUCAUAAUUUGAUAUGAUCUUUCUUUUUUUUUUUUUUUUUUGGUUUCCAUAUUUAUUUGCCUUUUAUUGUCAUUAUUAACUUAUCCCCUCAAUUUUACAUUUAGUAUAUUUAUUUACAGAUAUCCAGAUAUUUUUUAAUUAUAUAUAAAUUGAUAUGUGUAUCUACACUGAUCAAGUAUAACAUUAUGACCACCUGCCUAAUACUGUGUUGGUCCCCGUUUUGUUGCCAAAACAGCCCUGACCCACUCAGGCAUGGACUCCACUAGACCCCUGAAGGUGUGCUGUGGUAUCUGCACCAAGAUGUUAGCAACAGAUCCUUUAAGUCCUGUACGUUGUGAGGUGGAGCCUCCAUGAACUUGUUUGUCCAACACAUCCCACUGAUGCUUGAUUUGAUUGAGAUCUGGGGGAUCUGGAGGCCAAGUCAUCACCUCAAACUUGUUGUUGUGCUCCUCAAAACAUUCCUGAACUUUUUUUGCUUUGGGGCAAGAUGUUUUAUCCUGCUGAAAGAGGCCACAGCCAUCAGGGAAUACUGUUUCCAUGAAAGCAUGUAGAUGGUCUACAACAAUGCUUAGGCAGGUGAUACGUGUCAAAGUAACAUCCAACGUUGCCCAAAGCAGCACACUGCCCCCGCUGGCUUGCCUUCUUCCCUUAGUCCAUCCUGGUGCCAGGUGUUCCCCGGGUAAGCGAUGCACCCGGCCAUCCACGUGAUGUAAAAAAAGACGUGAUGUAUCAAACACCAUCUUCCAUUGCUCCGUGGUCCAUUAGUUUUGUAUUGAGCCCACAUGCUCACUGUUGACAAUUUUGGCAGUGAACAGGGGUCAGCAUGAGCGCCCUGACUGUUCUGCAGCUGUGCAGUAUCCUGACACCUUUCUAUCAGCACCGACAUGAACUUUUUCAGCAGUUUGAGCUACAGUAGCUCAUCUGCUGGGCCUUCAAGGGCCGGCCUUCACUCCUGCAGCUGCAGAACUGCAAGUCUGUAAAUGCACAGUUUAAAAAUGAGGAUAUAAAUCUGUGCAGCAGGUACAGAGAUUACAUUCUUUAAUUUUAUCAAAGCCUGCGUUUACCACAGUGGAACGCCACCUCCGACCGGACAGUCAGUGAUGUAUGUAGCCUGGAGUCUUGAGCAUGCAGCAGAGGUGAGUAGUGGGCUAAUAAACUCACUACCUUGUGAAUGUACACAAAUAAAUGUGUGCUUGAUGUGUACUUGUACUUGUUAAACUUGAGGAGCAUGGGGCAUUAGUUGGAGUGCUAUUUUCUCAUCCAUUUCACACUCAUAAUACCAGUAUUUACAUAACCUAUGCUUCUUCCUUCCUUUGUCUUUUGUUAUUAGAGGUUGAGCUGAUCUGCUGUAUUUCAUUUAGCUUUUACUUAGCUGCACAUACUUAUGGGACCUUCUGUUCUUUAAAGACUUACUGCCUGAUGUGAACUAAUCAAGAAUAUGAUGAUGAUGAAAUAUUCCUGUAAAUAUGGUUUGAAGUGGAGUGUCUGAAAUACGUCAACUUUUUUCAAAGCAUUCUGUAGA